UAUUCACCACAAGCGCAUACAAGUAAAAAUAAAAACACUUUAGUAACUGCGUAAACGUAAAGGAGGAAACGGAGAAAUGUGGAAAUCCACAGCGCAAAAAAUAACAAAUUAAAAGGAAAAGUAACGACUAACAACACAACUAGCAUCAAUAAUUUUUUCGUCGGACAUUUGCCAAUUGUGCUUUGUGAUUUGGUAAACAUCCUCCACAACUGGUGACUGCAACGACUAUGGCUUGUCGGGUGACUUUUUCGAGAAAUAGGUUCCAUCCACAUGGCAAUCCAUUGGAUCGGCCACGGAGCACUCUGCCUCCACCCCUUGGCAUCUCACCCUUGGAAUGGCUUAAGAAGUUGGCACGAAAACAUCAAACAAUGGCGAUAAAAAAGCACAGGAGAAUUUUGGACUGGAUGGAAAAUCUGCAAAUGAUGACUAUGGACAUCACCAAAACGGAGCCCAACAUGGGUCCAAACAAUCCACAGAAUGCGCAAAAUCCCAACAACGGCAAUGGCAAUCCGAAUAUUGGUAAUCCCAAUGGCAACAACAACGGUCUCACCAGCGUUAACGCUGUCGGCAAUGCAAAUAGCAGUGCCAACAAUAAUAACAAUGGCAAUGGUAGUCAGCUGUGCGCCGGUUGCGGCAAACACAUACAGGAUCGUUACUUGCUGCGCGCUCUAGACAUGCUGUGGCAUGAGGAUUGCCUCAAAUGUGGUUGUUGUGAUUGUCGUUUGGGAGAAGUUGGUUCCACGCUCUACACGAAAGGCAAUCUUAUGUUGUGCAAAAGAGAUUAUUUGAGAUUAUUUGGUAACACCGGUUAUUGUGCAGCUUGCAGUAAAGUCAUACCGGCGUUUGAGAUGGUGAUGCGAGCGCGCACAAAUGUCUAUCACUUGGAAUGUUUCGCUUGCCAGCAAUGUAAUCAUAGAUUCUGUGUAGGUGAUCGUUUCUACCUGUGUGAGAAUAAAAUUCUCUGCGAAUAUGACUAUGAAGAGCGUCUCGUGUUCGCCUCAAUGGCCAAUCAUCCGAUGUUGAAGCGACAUGCCAGUGCCAUUGGCCAAGGCUCCCCGACGGGCGCUGGUGGUUUAAUGGGCGGCGGUAGUCCCGGCGGCCCAAGCAGUGUUGUGCAGAAUGGACCGCGUACACCAGGCGAUCACAAUAACAACAAUGGCCCACAAACCGGUGCUGGUGGUUCACCGUUCGGCGUGCAAGCGACAGCCGCAGCGCACAUGAAGAACUCAUUGGGUGCGUCCAGCUAAAAUAAAGCCCUGGCCAUGAUUGCCGGCAGCGGCAGUGGCGUCAGCAACGUCGGCAUCAACGUCAACGCCGUAGCUAGCGUCAGUGGGUGCUACUAUAAUAAUGGUGUAGGCGGCGUGAGCGGUGUCAGUGUCAAUGCUGGAGGUGGUGUUGGUGCUGGUGCUGGUCCAGGCGGUGUUGGCGGGGUGGGCGUGGGUGUAGGCAUGGACGGCGGCUGUAGAAGCUACCAAAGAAAAUACUAUGACAUAAAUUGACUGAAAGGUGGUGAUGGUUGGAGGUUUGUCAAAUGAAGCCAACGAGUAAAGUUGCGAAAGGACAUACUUAAAAGGAUGAUUAAUACUAAACGAUGAUAGUGUGUGUGUGCUUAGUUUAUUUAUGAUUUUAUUAUUACACUCUCAGUUAUUAAUUAAUUACCUACUUAUUUACUUACUUACUUUCUUUAUUACUGGCGAACUGAAAGUGGGUUUAGAAAUGAAUUUAGUUUAAGUUGCUAGCAGGACAAUAUUUAUAUUUAAUUUUAAUUGUUAAUAUAAUUUAGUUAUUAUUAAUAGUUUAAACGUAUGUACUUACUUACAUACAUAUGCAUAAGUAUACAUAAUUUAUUAUAAUUUAUGGAAUUAUUCAGUGUGCAGUGAAUUAAAAUUACAAAUACAAAUUGUUUUGAAUAAAUAAUUGUAAGUGAAAUGUGAGAAUUCAAUUUUGCUUUGAUGAGUGAAAUAUACCGAUGAGAAAAUUUUUUUUGGAGAAAGUGGGAAAAUGUGUGCCAAAAAAUGUUUGUAACCAAAAUUAAGAGUGUUUUUGCAUACUUUUUUAUAUAAUUUAAUUUUUAGUACAUUUCAAAAUAAUUAUUUUUUCGAGAGAUUUGAACCAAUAGCUUUCAUCGAAUAAAAAAAUGAAGCA